AUGGCUCCACGGUUCGAUUCCCCCCCGUCAACACCACUUUCAUUCUCACAACCCCGACCACGGUCACCAAGAUCCCCAGGUCGCUUGGCCCAGAUCCGAGUACAGAAUCGGAGAAGGGCAUACCUGGAGAAACACGACCCCCUCCUCUACGACUCCCUCAUCCGGCGCUUCCAAACUCCCUCAGAGCGCGAGGCUGAAGGCCGUAAGAAGGGCUACGCCCGCGUGCUGGAGGGUUCCCUUCUCCGGGGCGAGGAGCGGUUAGCCAAAUUGCGAGAGCAGACCGUCGAAAGAAACCAAGACGACUCCAUCGCCAUCACCACCACCACGACUGUGAUAGAAACAACAACAUCAUCAACAACAACAACAAACGGAACGGAAGCCCCCAACCCCACCCAAUCCCCGUCCCCGUCCCCCUUCAGCGCCCUAACCGCAUCCCAAACCGCGUCCCUGGCCCCCCCACCCAAAACCCGCGCCGAAGGCCGCGCGCAGUGGGAGGAAUUUCUGCGGGACCGUUUUGUGCGCGGUGAGGAUGCCGACUUUGACUAUGCGCCGGUGGACGCCGACGACGAGUAUGACGUGCUGGAGCGUGAGGAGAGGGAGGAGGCUUGGUUCGAGGACGAGGAUCCGGGGUGGGCGGACAGUGGGGAGAGUGCUGGGGAGAGUGGGACGGGGCGGAGCGGCGGGGAUCGGGGGGAGGGGGGUAGGGGAGAAGGAGGGAGAGAGAGGGUGCUGUGUGGGGAGACCGGGAGUGCAGGAUUUCUAGGGGUUAGUUGGGUACAUGAGGGAGUGAAUGGUCGUGAAACAAAGAGUACGGGAACAUGGAAAUAG